ACAGACCGGAUUGAAUAAAACACGCCCCAAGAUUUGCUCGAAGAUGGUGCCCUUCCUAUGUAUCCGAGGGGGACUUCUGCACAAUAUUACAACUAAUUUAAUGUUCUAUGAGGGUCCACACAUGUCAAGAUAGACUAAUACAUGUAUAGACAAACAAGGAAUGCAGGAUAUAACUACCGACCGAAAUUACAUUGUAUGUAUGUAUGUAUGUACUGGUAAAUGCCUCCGAUAUCCGAAGAACCCCUCGAAAGCUGCGAGGGUACAGUGGCAUCCAUGUACACUCCCUAACGGGAUUAAUGGAGAUGUGUCACUAACGUAUAUUUAUACGACAAUUAUUUUUACAAGGACAAACAAUCCCCACCCAAUUCAACACAAAGGGAGUGCUAGGACACCGGGAAGUCUGUUAUUGUGGUGGAGGAAGCCGAAGUACUCGGAGAGAACCACCGGGCCACUCGGUGGAAACAGACAAACCAGAGAGAUAUCAGAAGAUUGAUCUCCAGGUCAAAGUAGGGACACUUUGACCAACCGAGGCCCCCAACGUACCCAUUCUAGUUUAAACUCCGGUCUGGGUACCAGAGAUGUGUGUGAGAGGGUGAAAAUUACCCUUCUAAUGUACUGAUAUUUUAAGCACCCCGAGUGAGAAUCGAACUCGGGACCUUCAGCACUGUAGCCAUCUGUCUUAACCACUAGACCACGAACUCACACUUGUUAGGCUAUAAAUUGUACAUGUACAGUCAUGACAGUGACAAAUGACAACAGUGUGAAUGUGAAAAAUUGUGACCUCUGCACACCUUCCAACAGCAACUUUCAUGUCAAUGGUCAUGCAGAAGAAAGUUAUAGAAAUAGCCUCCAAGAAAAGAAAUCAUCAGAAAUUCACAUAAAAAGGAACCCCCCUGAAAGAAGAGACAAUUUUGAAACGAAAUCAAUUAAUGUUCAAAAGAUUGAUGAAACUCAUCAACAAAGGACAAACUUAACAAAAACCUUUCUAUGUUGUCCCAAAGAUACAUCAGAGCAAGGAGAGAAAUUUACUAAAGGCGACUUUUCAAAGUUAAUGCUGGAUAUAAGCAAUAUUCAUCUAGAUAUUUUGAAAUAUAUUCAAAAUUGUUCAAAAACCAUUAAAUUAAUGCCAAAAAUAGGAGAUCCCUUGGAUAGUUGUGAGGACUACAAUGAUGAAACUAGGAGUUUGACUGAGGAGCAAAGAACAUCACUCACAAAAUAUUUAUGUGACAAUUUUAAACAAAUCACCUUGCAACACCCUGAUGUACCAAGUCUAAUUCAUGGCACUAUUACAUUUAUUUUGACACACAGACCUUCCAACUUAGAUUCAGGACAAGGAUUUGAUUUAACUCCAUUUUUGGAAUCUGAUGAUAAUGAUGGCACAGAUUCGGAUUCAGGAAAAAUUGAGAAUGAUGAAUUUUCAAAUGGACAGGUAUUUGAUUUAACUCCAUUUUUGGACUCUGAUGAUAACAUUGGUAAUGAUGAUAAUGAUGACACAGAUUCAGCAAUGAUUGAGAAUGGUGGAUUAUCAAAUGGACAAGGAUUUGAUUUAACUCCAUUUUUGGAAUCUGAUGAUAAUGAUGGCACAGAUUCGGAUUCAGGAAAAAUUGAGAAUGAUGAAUUUUCAAAUGGACAGGUAUUUGAUUUAACUCCAUUUUUGGACUCUGAUGAUAACAUUGGUAAUGAUGAUAAUGAUGACACAGAUUCAGCAAUGAUUGAGAAUGGUGGAUUAUCAAAUGUAUUUGAUUUAACUCCAUUUUUGGACUCUGAUGAUAACAUUGGUAAUGAUGAUAAUGAUGACACAGAUUCAGCAUGUUCAGCAAUGAUAGAGGAUGGUGGAUUAUCAAAUGAUAAUAGCAUUGAUGAGAAUAACGAUGAUGACAUGGAUGAUGAUGAUGAGGAUGAUAGUAAUACAUCUUCUUGUGUGCAGUCUUAUGUAGAUGAAAUUCCAGUUAACAGAGAAGCUUAUCAACUUUUUCCUGACAAAAUCAGAGGCGACCUUAUAAGUCCAUGUUUAUGUAAACAGCAGUGCAGUGAAGCACUUUUUCAAGAUGAAAAUAUCAUUUAUAGAGUCCAACAUAUAAGAUCUGAUUUACAAGGUUAUAGACAAGGUGAAAAACGAUCAACAAAGAUCCUUGAAUUAAUGAGGAAUACCAUGUAUAAAGAUAAAAAAAAGGAUAGGAAACACCAUUUCCAUGGAAAAAUAAUUUGUAUGAGGAAAUGGACUGAUCUGUUGGGUAUUAGUCUUGCCACUUACUACAGGAUAUUUAAACUUUUGAAGAAAGACAUAAUGGUGGUAGAGAAAGUGAGGAAAACCCAUUAUCAUAAUGUCAAAGGUCUUCACGCUGUAGCAUUUAUGGACAAUUUUAUAGAUGAGUAUGGAGAUCCAAGCCCUGAAAGAGAUGUAAUGCUAUUGCCAGAUUGCAUUAAUAUAAAGUAUAUGUAUGAUGAGUACAGAUCUAUACCUGGACUUUGCAUAAAAGAAAGACGUUUUUAUCAACUUUUUUCAGAAAAUUUUGAGAAAAUUGUUAGUUUUGUUAAGACAAAGAAUAUAAAUCCUUGUGACAUAUGCAUGAAGGUUAAAAUGGAGAUGCAUAAAUUAAAAGAUGCUGUUAAAAAAGAUCAGCUGAAAAAAGAUUUAAAAGUUCACCUUGAUAGACAAAGGAGUGAAAGAAGAGACUAUUACAAGAAGAAAGACGAAGCAUGUAUGAAGUCAAAGGAAGUGAUGAGUAUUAUCAUUGAUGGAAUGGAUCAGUCAAAGACUAACAUUCCACACUUUAAGGGAUGGACAAGACCAAAGUGUGGAGCUGCAGCUUUAAAAACCCACAUCACUGGAUGCUUAGUUCAUGGCAGUCAACUCUAUCUAUAUACAGAUUUACUACAAUGGCCACAUGAUCCUAACUUAACUAUUACCUGCCUUGUUAAUGCUAUAACCAGUAAUACAAAUGUGCUACCUCCAAAACUAUAUGUACAAUGUGACAAUUGUGGAAGAGAAAAUAAAAACAAGUAUGUGAUAGGAUUCCUUGGUUACCUUUGCUUAAGUGGAUAUGUCAAAGAGGCUUAUCUGUCCUUCCUUCUGAAGGGACAUACACAUGAGGACAUUGAUCAGCGAUUUUCAGUAAUUUCACACAGAUUACGACGGGUUAAUGCCAUGACACUUCCUCAGCUACAAAAGGAAAUAGAAUCAAGUUUUCAUGAUAAACCACACCAGGAAGUGUUAGCAUGUGUACGAGAUGUCAAAUCAUGGUUAGACAAUUCUCUUUGUGAGAUGUCAUUCCAUUCCUUCCAACAUCAGUUUUGGCUCUAUUGUGACCGUCCUAACCAUGUUACUUUGAAAUAUAGGAAGUUUUCAACUGAUUCUUGGUUGCCUGAGGCUGGACAAAACCAAAUAGAAUUGUUUGAUUUAGAUAUGACAGGAUAUAACACUAUUCCUCAGGGUAUACCUAAAAUAUGCAAACAGCACUACGAUGAUAGCAGGAUUGAAAUGGUCAGACAUAACGUCAUGAAAAUGAAGAAUUUUUUGAAUUUCCAAGAAUAUACAUGGUGGAUGGAAUUUCUUAACAAUCCAACUAAAUCCACUCCCAAAAUAACCAGAUGGCCAUUGACAAAUUUACUGAAAAUGCACAAGAUUAUAGAUAUACCAAUACAGCUGGUGCAAACAGACGAUCCUGAACCUUCAUGCAUUUCUGAAAUGCUAGAAAAUGAAGGCUUAAUAAGAGAAAUUAAGACAAAGGAAAAAAAAAGAAAGAGAAAGGAUUAAACUGAUGACGAAUUCUAUAUUCAUCUGUAACUUAUGCAGUAUUGCUGGUUUACAGAGAUGCUUAAAGUGACUAAAGCAGGAUUUCCCACUGAAAUCAGGAUUGAAGAUGAUGUACAGCUUUUAUAUGUUUUUCUUGGAAACAAUAGAGCUAAUAGAAAUGCAUGAUGCAUCCUUUUAUACUUAAGAAAAGAGGAACUGCAGUAUACCAGAUCAAAGAACAAAUGAAGGCAUUUAGAUUUAAGAGAUUAUCUUUUGAAUUAUGUAACUGUUGAAUUGUAUCAACAUGCUAUUAUUAUUGUUGUUGGCUUUUGGUCAUUAACAAGGAAUAAGGUUAAUAUUGGAUCGAAUAGAAUAUAGAUAUAAGGCUUGUGAUGUUGUUCAUACUGUUAGCGUUCAGCCAGUAUGGAGCAAUUGCACUCUGCAUUUGCAAGAAAUGAAUAUAGGCUUUUUUGUGAACCUUCAGAAUUUGUGGAUAAUCUUGUGCAACAUAAAUGUAAAAAUAUUCAUGCAUCAUGCAUCUUUAAUUUUCUUUUUCUUUGCAUAAUAUGUACCAUAAUGUAUAUAGAGAUAAUCUUUUUACCUAAUCAUUCUGCUCGGAUAUACAAGUUGUCAAAUUAUUGAAUUGAAUAAAAGACAAAUAUUGGUGUGUAACGAUCUUCAUACUGUUAGCGUUCAGCCAGGAUGAAGAGGUUAUGCUCCAAAUCGUCUCUUGUUGAUUAUUGAUUAACCCUUAAGGGUAAAGACCAAAUGUUUGGACAUUCAAAGAGUGUUUUGAAAACAAUAUCCACAUGAUUGUCUGAAGGUUUGCUAUGGUGUAGAAGCAUCUUGAAAACAUAUCUGCUUUUAUCCUUUUUCCUUUUUGGGGUGGGUAAGAAUAUAAUUCUUAAUAGGGAACUAUAAUUAAAUAGUUGGGAAAAAAGGAAAAAGGAUAUCGCAAUUCUAUCAUGAAUAAGCUAAUUCUUCAUUUAAACUUUGGUCAUGAUGGUGAACCCAGUGUGGUUACCAUUGCGCCCCAGGCCAAAGUUAAUUUAGCACUAAAAAGGAGUGAGUUUUUAUUAGAUGUUGUUAAUAAUUAUAUGCAAAUGCAAAAUGAAAAUGAUAUUGUAGAAAUAGAAAUUAUUUUAUCAGAGUAUAAUCACAAUUUUACAUUAGGCUUUUUAUUUAAACAAUUAUUAAAUGACAAUAAUGAAGUAAAAAGAUGUAGAGAGGGCAAAACAGGUCAUCUUGUUCCACUGAUUGAAAAGUUCAAACUUGAAACAGACUUUGUUAAACUGCUUCUGCCACGAAAAAUCAGAGCAAAAAAUGCUGUUGCCAUUCAUUCACUUUAUAUCAAACCAAUGUAUCGUUCUGUCAUUAAUGAGUUUUAUUUACUUAAUUUACAUGGAGUAAAUUCACAGGGACAUAUAAGUGCAGAAGAUUUUAUGAGGUUAUUGCACGAACUUAAAACCUGUCAUGCUCAUUAUUUGGUGCACAUUUUACCAGUUUGCAUUUGUUUGAGAUGCACUGAAUAUAGACAUGAAAGACUUAAUCAACUUUCAGAAUGUACCUAUGCAACACCUUACCAUGGUCCUAUUACAAAUAGCCCUUUCCGUAAUUUACCAGUAGGACAACAACAAUUAACAGGUGGCAGACCUGGAUAAUGUUAUUCUGUUAUUCCAUAGUAUUACAUCUUUCACAUUGUUAUUUGUUUAUUAUGCUAAUAAAUGAUUAGUACACAAUUGAA